CGUACCACGCCAUGUUGUGCUGCAGGACGAUCCGUGCUGCUAAGACCCCGAGCACCUCCAGCACAGCUCAGCCAACACCGUGCUCGGUGCACCCGGGGCGGGCGGGGCCGCAAGUCACGUGGUGGAGGUGGUGACUGUGGCGGCUGUGGCCGCCGUGGUCCUUGUGCGAGGCGCUGUGUGAAAGAAGGGGAAGAUGGCGGUGAAGCAUGGGCUGCUGGCGGCCGGACUGUUCCGCAGGCGGGUGGCUGUCGUCACUGGCGGCGGCACCGGCAUUGGCAAGGCCGUUGCCGCCGAUUUGCUGUCGUUAGGUUGCAAUGUUGUUAUUGCCUCUCGUAAAUUUGACCGAUUAAAAGCUGCUGCAGAAGAACUGAGCAACACAUUUUCUUCCAUCAGUACUGGCAAAGUGACGCCCAUACAGUGCAAUAUCCGCAAUGAAGAUGAGGUAGAAGCUUUGGUGAAGUCUACACUAAGUCUGUAUGGGAAGAUUGACUUCCUGGUGAAUAAUGGAGGAGGCCAAUUUGUAAGUCCUUCUGAAGCCAUCAGUGCAAAAGGCUGGAAUGCUGUGAUAGACACAAAUCUGACAGGGACCUUCUACUGCUGCAAAGCAGUGUACAAUGCUUGGAUGAAGGAACAUGGAGGAGUCAUUGUCAACGUUACUGCUGCUGUGAAAAAUGGGUUUCCUGGAAUGUCGCAUUCAGGAGCUGCAAGAGCUGCAGUGAAUAACCUAACCAAGACUUUGGCUUUAGAAUGGGCCUGCAGCGGAGUAAGAAUCAACAGCGUUGCUCUUGGACUAGUUUUUUCAGAAACUGCUGUUGCAAACUAUGGAGAACAAGGUACAAUGAUGUGGUUAAAGAUCAUACCAAAAAUUCCUGCCAAGAGGUCAGCGGUUCCUGAGGAGAUCUCUCCUGCGGUGUGUUUCCUGCUAUCUCCAGCUGCUUCUUACAUAACUGGGAUAACUCUGACUGUGGAUGGUGGCUACAGUUUAUAUAAAUCUCUCCCAAAGAUACCUGAUCAUGACAGAUGGCCCUUGCCACCAGAAGGAAAAAAUUCUGAAAUGCUUCGAAAUCUUAUUUCUGGCAAAUUCAAGCCAAAACUGUAAAAGGAAUGAUACUUCACCUUAUUCGUAGUUGUACACUUGCUGGUAAUCUUGCUUUGUAAUGUGAGCUGCUUACUCUCAGUAAUUUUCUUUUUUU